AUGAAUAGUGUAAGAUUUUUCAUUAGGAGUGUUCUUGCCGCCAUCUUUCUAUUGACGAUAUGUUAUGGCUCAGAGGAUUUGAGACUCACCUAUAAGAUACCACGAUCGUCUUAUAGUGGGUUGGCAGACGGGCGUGAGAGAGCCAUUAUGUUUCCUCGAAGUAUCAGCAUACCCGUACUUGAUGAUCAGAAUAGGAACCUCGUAGACUUUAUAAACCAAAUGCAACAGCAAUUAAAUGGCUCCCCUCGAAGGCAUAGGUCUUAUGAGAAUGAUCAUGAGAUGGACUUGGAUGCUGAAAAGGAUAUUUUGCAGCAGAUUCUACAAAACGACAAUGCCUUAGGAAAAUUGCCGUACUUUUACAAUAAUCUUAUUGAAAGUCACGACAAAGUUGCAGAUUCAGUCCAGAAAUAUUCAGAUAAUGACUUUACUAAGAGAGAUAAUUUAAAUAAAACCGAUAAAGGCCAUCAAAACCGGGGUAACCUUGGUCCAGGACAUGGCGAGCAGGUGUCACCUCCUAAAGACAGUGUACCAUUGAAAUUCAAUGGACCCCAGAGUUUGGAGGAUCUACUUGUGAGUGAGGUUCUGAGAAUAGCUAUAGAGCUCCCUCCAAAGUAA